AUGUCUCCCGCCCAAAGCUCCAGUGUCCCCAGCUACAGCAUCGCUUCCAUCCCCGCGGAUGGAAUCGGCCCAGAAGUCAUCGCUGCAGGCAUUACAGCCCUCCAGGCUCUAGCCAAUACACUCAAGACAUUCACGCUGGACUUUACGCAUUACGACUGGAGCUCGGAGACGUACAAAAGGACCGGCAAAUACAUCCCAGAUGGCGACUUGGAGCAAUUGAAGAAGCACGAUGCGAUCCUGUUUGGUGCUGUGGGUGCACCUGAUGUCCCCGACCACAUCUCCCUCUGGGGCCUACGACUAGCCAUCUGCCAGCCUCUCCAACAAUACGCAAACGUGCGACCUACCAAGGUCCUCCGUGGCACGCAGUCCCCUCUCCGCAACUGCGCUACGGGAGACCUGAACUGGGUCAUCAUCCGCGAAAAUAGCGAAGGCGAGUACGCCGGUCAAGGUGGUCGUUCGCAUCAGGGUCGUCCCUGGGAGAUUGGCACCGAGACAGCCAUCUUCUCCCGCCAUGGCAUUGAGCGCAUUAUGCAUUUCGCCUUUGAGACUGCGCAGCAGAGACCGCGCAAGUUGUUGACCGUGGUGACCAAGAGUAAUGCCCAGCGCAAUGGGAUGGUGCUCUGGGACGAGGUUGCGAAGGCUGUGUCGCAGGAUUUCCCGGAUGUGACGGUUGACAAGAUGCUGGUCGAUGCGAUGACUGCGCGCAUGGUUCUCAAGCCGGAGACUUUGGAUACCAUUGUGGCUACGAACCUGCACGCCGAUAUCCUCUCCGACCUCGCAGCUGCUCUGGCAGGUUCCAUUGGUAUUGCUCCCACGUCGAAUUUGGACCCUACCCGCCAAAACCCAAGCAUGUUCGAGCCCAUCCACGGCUCCGCAUUUGAUAUUACCGGCAUGGGAAUCGCCAACCCCGUGGGUACCUUUUGGACGGCAGUGGAAAUGCUCAAUUGGUUGGGUGAAAAGGACGCUGCUGCCAAACUCCUUGAUUGCGUCGAGAAUGUGUGCGAGCAGGGCGUUUUGACGAGGGAUUUGGGUGGGAAGGCGACUACCAAGGAAGUUACAGAGGCGGUUGUUGCGGAGAUUCAAAAGUUGAACUACCUAGGUAGCGUGUAA